AUGCCAAGCGUAGUGCGCCCUGCUAUUCCCCACUACAUCGCAGCUCCUGCGACGAAGGAGAAACUCGAGUAUGCCGACCUUGCGGUCCUCGAUUUCUCGAAGAUCGGCACGCCAGAGGGACGUGCUGAGCUGUCCGUGCAGCUGCGCACUGCGAUGACUACCCACGGUUUCUUCUACAUUGUGAACCACGGGCUCACUCAAGCCGAGAAUGAUCGCAUGUUUGACGUCGCCGACGUCGCGUUCUCGGGAGUCCCUGAGGAAGAGAAACGCAACUACUUGGCGAACAUCAAAACGGAGGUCUUACCAGGGCUACAAGCUCAGGGAAUAUGGCACAUUGACGGUGGCGUUCGUGACCAGAUUGAGCAUUACAACAUCAAUCACGAUACAACCGGAAGCAGCAUCCGCAAGCGCUUGUUUGCCCUUGGCCUGGAGCUCCCGGAAGAUACUUUCGUGAACAUGCAUACCUUCGACGCUACGGGAGAGGCAUACGUUCGUCUGAUGAAAUAUUAUCCGAGGCCGGCCGAAGACGAGGUCAAGGCAAAGCAAUAUCACCAUUUUGUGGAGCCAGCCGGUUACAGCUUUGCAAUGCUCAUGCCCGAUGGCAAAUGGCGCUACGUAAGGCACAUCGACAACGCUCUCGUCGUGAACUCCGGAGAUGCCAUGGAGUUCCUGUCGGGCGGCUUCUACAAGCCCACCAUCCACCGUGUCAUCCAACCUCCUCAGGACCAGCGCGGUUACGAUCGUCUCAGCGUCAUUUACUUCGCCAUGACCGACGACGACGUGAAGCUCGUGCCCCGUCUCGAGAGCCCUGUGCUCCAAAAGCACGGCAUCCAGCGGCGCUGGUCGGACGACGCCGACGCGCCCACCAUGGAGGCCUGGCGCAAGGGCAGGACGAGUGCUUAUGGCCUGGUCGAGCUCAAGAUGAAGGGGAGCGGUAUAGAGAGAACGUGGUAA